AAAACAGUAGGAACAUUCUUUAGUUCAACUUUGGGGUACCCUUCAACUUAGUGUUCAUCAACUUAGCAAACACUUCAACAGAUUAGAGUAUGGUUAAGAUGGCUCCAUCCAAAAUCAGAGUUUCCAGUUUGAUCUUCUUGGCAGCAAUUUUCUUCUUCCUCUUUGCCAUGCAAUCCCAAUCUUAUGAUUCUAAGAUGGGGUAUCAACCAAAGAGCAUGGCAGUCCAUAAAAUGAUUCAAAUCAGAAAGGUGUUGAAGGUGCAGGAAGGGGAAGUACUGAAGGUUGAGAGGGGGCUAAGGGAAGCCCCAAUGGGUCCAGAUCCUCUCCACCACCAUGGAGGCAGCCCAAUCAACAGAAACAAUAAUCUGCAGCCCACAAAAAAUCCUUAGUUAAUUAAUUAUGUCAGUAGUUACCCUAAUUUUGUCUUAAUGACUGGGUAGCUUUUCUAGUUUAUUUUGGCUGGCCAGCUAUAGUUGAUUAAUUACUUAGUAGUGUUUUUGCUACAUGUUAGAUACAUGGCAUUCAAUUCUUUGGAUGCAUGUAGAACUAUUCAUACAUUAUAUAAUUAGUACGUAGCUAGGUAGUCAGAAGACCAUGUAAUAUAUUAG